UUCGCGUUCGACACCGCCGAUCUUUCCCCCACGCUCGCCCCAUCUUUCCCCCCUUUCUUUCCCUUUUCUUCCUCCCUCUUCUCCCUCUCCCCCUUCUCCCUCUCCUUCCCUCCGUUCCCCUCUCCGUGCUCUUGGUGCGUCAAUGACGGUGCUCGACACCAGCCUGGACGCUGCCGCGCUCUUUGUGCGGCAGGCGAGGGCGACGCCCGAGGCCGUCGCGCUCGAGGACCAGCACCAGUCGCUGACCUAUGCCCAGCUUGAGUCCGAGACGGGCCGGCUGGCGAACCGGCUGGCGCGGCGGCCGCACUCGGUCGGCCGCGAUGUCCUGGUGGGCGUGCUGAUGGGCCGGUGUGCUGAAAACGUCAUUGCAUCACUGGCCGCGCUGCGUGCUGGCGGCGCCUUUCUCGUCCUCGAGCUUGCCUACCCCAACAACCUGCUCGCCGACGUCAUCAAAGACGCCAAGCCGGCCGUGAUUGUGACGCUGGCGGCCCAUGCCCACCGCGUCAAGGGCAGCGGCGUGCCCGUCAUCAUUCUCGACAGCGACGAGGAGAAGGCCGAGCGAGCAAAAGAGCAGCUACAAGAAGAGAAAGUAGAGGAGGACGAUAACACCCCCCCGAGGCCCGCCGACGACGACGUGGACCGGCUGGCGUUUGUGUGCUACUCGUCGGGCACCACGGGCCGGCCCAAGGGCAUCUCGAACCCGCACCGGGCGGCGGUGGGCUCGUACAGCCGGCGCUUUGGCGUCUCGAGCCUGGGCCCCGGCGAUCGCGUGGCUUGUAACGUCUUUUUCGUCUGGGAGAUGCUCCGGCCGCUGCUGCGGGGCGCGACGACGGUGGCCGUGCCCGACGUCGUCAGCUACGACCCCGAGGCCCUCGUCACUUUCCUCUCGGAGCGCGCCAUCACCGACACGCUCAUGACGUCGACGCUCCUCGACAUUGUCCUCGCGCGCCACGACGCCGACGUGGGCAGCCUGGCCAAGCGCCUCGGCAGCCUGCGCUCCCUCUGGCUCAACGGCGAGGUCGUCACGGCUGACCUGUGCCGCAAGGCGCGCGCGGCACUGCCCAGCCACACGCGCCUGCUCAACGUCUACAGCACCAGCGAGACGCACGAGGUCGCCGCUGGUGAGCUCUAUGUGGGCGACGGCAUGGCCACGGACAUCUGCCCCGUGGGUGCGCCCCUGCUCGACGGCGACGAGGUCCUGAUUCUUGAUGGCGACACCCCCGUCGAAGCCGGCGAGGUGGGCGAGCUCUGCGUCGGCGGGCCCCUGCUUGCACGUGGCUAUCUCAACCUGCCCGAGGUGACGGCCAAGGCCUUCUUCCUGGGCCCUGGCGGGCAGCGCAUGUACCGCACUGGCGAUGCUGCGCGACGCCUGUCCGACGGCCGCCUCGAGAUCACCGGGCGCAUCGGAGGCAUGAUCAAGACGCGCGGCUACACCGUCCAGCCGGGCGCCGUCGAGGCGGCCAUCAUGCGCCAUCUCUCGGUGCGCUCCUGCGUCGUCGUCGGCCACGGCGAGGGGCUCGAGAAGCGCAUCGUCGCCUACGUCGUGCGCGACGUCGUCAUCAGCGACGUCAACCGGCCCCCGCUCGUCAUCCGGCCCACGGGCCACAGCCCCGAGGCACGCCGCGCCCUGUCGGCCCACCUGGCCCACUACAUGAUCCCCUCGGUCUGGAUCGAGCUCGACGCCCUGCCGACGCACGACGUCUCGGGCAAGAUCGACGUGCGUGCGCUGCCCACGCCUGCACCCACGCGGCCUGCCUCGCCGACAGCCGCUUCGUCGCCACGCGGCGGCGGCGGCGGCGCCGGCCUCGGCACCCAGCCCGUCGACCGCCGCACCAUCGCCGACGCCUGGGCCGCCUCGCUCGGCCUGCCCCUCGACCAGGUCGACACCGCCGAGGACCACAGCUUCUUUGACCUCGGCGGCCACUCGCUCUCCCUCGCCGAUCUCGCCGGCCGGCUCUCGAAGCUCUUUGGCUUCUCGGUGCCCCUCGCGCCCCUGGCCGCCCAGCCGUCGCUCGAGGGCCAUCUGGCGGUGGCCCUGGCGGCGCGCGACGGCCACGUGGCAGGCCUCCAGGCGGACCUGCCUGCGAUGCUGCGCGCCGACUGCGUGCUGCCCGACGACGUCGUGUCUCCAGCAGCACGGCCACGCCGGCCCACGCGGCUGCUGGGCGACGCCAAGACUGUCGUCCUCACCGGCGCCACGGGCUACCUGGGCGCGUUUCUGCUGCGCGCCCUCCACGAGCGCAGCACGGCGACCAUCGUCUGCCUCAUUCGCUUUGCCAAGGUGGCCGACGACUGCCGGCCCGCGGGCAUCGCUCGCAUCCGCGCCAACCUCGUCGACCUCGGCCUGUGGCACGAUGGCCUCCUCGACCGCCUCGAGGUGGUGCCCGCGAACCUGUCGGCGCCCCUCCUGGGCCUCUCCCAGGCCGAGUUCGACGACCUGGGCCACCGCGCCGACGUCAUCGUCCACGGUGCCGCGACGGUGAACCUGGUGUACCCCUAUGCGGCGCUGCGCGACACCAACGUUGGCGGCACGCGCGAGAUGCUCCGCCUCGCCAGCGUCGGCGGCGCCACCUUCCACCACGUGUCCAGCAACGGCGCCCUGCCCGGCCAGGCGGCUGCCCCUGCUGCGACUGCCAAAUCGAAUGGCGCCGCUGCCGAUGCCACCGCCGCCGAUGCCACCGCCGCCGCGACCACCGCCUGGGCCGAGGACGCGCGCAUCAGCGUCGACGACGCCGCCACGGGCCUCGCCGACGGCUACGGCCAGACAAAGUGGGUCGCCGAGCAGCUCGUCGCCGAGGCCCGGGCCCGGGGCAUGCCUGCCACCGUGUACCGGCUCGGCACCCUGAGUGGCUCGAGCCGCACGGGUGCCGCCAAUGCCUACGACAUGCUCAACGCCCUCGUCGUCGAGUCGCUGCGCAUGGGCUGCGCCCCCGUCAUUGAGAGCUGGCGCGUCGAGAUGACGCCCGUCGACCACGUGGCCGAGGCCAUCGCCGCCCUGGCCGACGUCGACGACCAGCAGCACGACGCCCUGCCAGUCUACCAUCUCGUCGACAGCGACCCCGUGCCCGCAGCGGCGCUCUUUGACCGCCUGGCCCGGCUCGGCUAUGCGACGAAGCGGGCGCCCUGGGACGCAUGGGUGGUGCAGUGGCGCGAGCGCACCUCGACGCGCUCCCCGCUCGCCAGCGCCGCCAAGCAGCCCUUCACCGUCGACAUUCUCCGCGGCGGCCUGCCCACCGUCGACGCCCUCACUGCCGUCGCCCUGCUCGACGAUGCCGCGACGCAGGCCCGGCUCGAGCAGCACGGCCUCGCGCGGCCCAAGCUCGACGACGCCCUCUGGCAGACGUAUCUGCGCCACUUUUACGCACGUGGCUGGCUCUCCAGCCCGCCGCGGCGGCGCGCGGGCGACGCAGCAGCACGCGGAGGCCUCGCAGCAGCAGCGCCCGUGGCCAGCACCAGCACCAUCAGGGGCGGCCGCCUCGCUGGCCGCGUCGCCGUCGUCACGGGCGCCUCGUCGGGCAUUGGCGAGGCCGUGGCCGUGGCACUGGCGCGCGAGGGCGCCAAGGUGGCCAUUGCUGCGCGCCGAAAAGACGCCCUCGAGGGGGUGCGUUCGCGCAUGCCGGCCAGCCCCGACGCCGUCCUCGUCCAGCCGACAGACGUCACCGACGCAGGCCAGGUCGCUGCGCUCAUGGACGCCACCGCGAAGCAGCUGGGCCCCGUCGACAUCCUCGUCAGCUGCGCCGGCGUCAUGUACUUUACCAUGAUGGCCAACGUCAAGGCCGACGAGUGGGACCGCACCGUCGACGUCAACUGCAAGGGCCUGCUCCACUGCCUCGCCAGCACCGUGCCCGCCAUGCUCGCGCGCGGCGCCGGCCACAUUGUCGCCAUCUCGUCCGACGCCGGCCGCAAGGUGUUUCCCGGCCUCGGCGUCUACUCGGCCAGCAAGUUCUUUGUCGAGGCCACGCUCCAGUCGCUCCGCCUCGAGACGGCCGGCUCGGGCCUGCGCGUGACGUCGGUCCAGCCGGGCAACGUCGCCACCGAGCUCCUGUCCAUGUCGACGGACGCCGAGGCGAUUGAAAAGUACGGCCAGCCCUCGGGCGCCAAGGUGCUCGACCCCAGCGACGUCGCCUCGGCCAUCGUCUAUGCCCUGGGCCAGCCUGCGCACGUGGCCGUCAACGAGGUCCUGAUUGAGCCGCGCGACGAGCCCAUCUAGAGGCUCUUAUUUAUUUCACGGACUGUUUGUACAUAAUCGCAUUGUCAUUGCGCACUUGAGAAGAAACUAGAGCUACUUG